AUGAUUGAUAUUGACAUUAGUAAAUUAUUUCAAGAUAUUGAAACUGACCUUUUGGAUAUAGCAGUGGAAUUCUUGUCAAGGUCUACUAAUUCUAGAAGAAGAAUUGGUUACGUUUCUUCCUUAACAAGAGUUCUACCUAAAAUGCUUCAUCCUAGCACACUCACCGAAUUAUUGACGUAG